UUUUGCAUAAUGUUGCAAUUAAGAUGGAGUUUGCUAAGGCCUCUCCAAGGCGUCUGCCGCAACCCUCGGCGGUACUUCGCGCACAAGAACCUCCUGGAGCUGACGGAUCGAGGGUUCUUUCAAGGCAUUUUCCCCGAUACGGCUGCGCCCAAGAUAAAGCAGCUAUUCACCAGCGGCCAGCAGAGCAUAUAUGCCGGUUUCGAUCCUACUGCGGAUAGCCUACACGUGGGAAAUCUCUUGGUUAUCAUGGGCCUGCUUCACUGCCAGCGAGCCGGUCACAGGCCCAUUGCUCUAGUGGGUGGAGCCACUGGGCUAAUCGGUGAUCCAAGUGGACGCAAAACGGAACGCAAUCAAUUGGGAGAGUCUAUAAUCGAGAGCAACCUGAAAGCCAUCGAGCAGCAGCUGACGAGAGUGUUUGAGAACCAUGAAAAGUGCCUCUGGGACAACCGUAAAAACAGCACUCCUCUGCAGCCAUUAACGAUAGUCAACAAUGCUGAAUGGUACGCCAAUCUCCACCUGAUAGACUUCAUUGCCAACAUGGGCCGACACUUUCGCAUGGGUUCAAUGCUGUCUCGGUCGUCGGUCCAAUCGCGCCUAGAGUCGGAGGAUGGCAUGAGCUUCACGGAGUUCACCUACCAGAUAUUCCAGGCCUACGACUGGCUCCAUUUGCUGCGCAAGCACAACUGUUGUUUCCAAAUGGGCGGCUCCGACCAGACGGGCAAUCUGAUGACCGGCCACGAGCUAAUCAGCCGUGUGGAGCGCAAACGAGAGGUGUUUGGGAUGACCCUGCCCAUAGUGACCAACGAGGAGGGGGACAAAUUUGGAAAGUCGGCGGGCAAUGCUGUGUGGCUGGACGAGAACAAGACAUCGCCCUUUGCCCUGUAUCAGUUCUUUCUGCGAAUGCCAGACUCCGAAGCAGAGAAGCUGCUGAAACUGUUCACCUUCAUUCCCCUACCCGAAAUAGAGCAGCUGAUGCAGGAGCACGAAAAGGAGCCGGAGAAGAGAAAGGCCCAGACGCUGCUGGCGGAGGAUGUGACAUUGCUUGUGCAUGGCGAAAAUGGACUAAAGCAGGCUGAGCGUGUUACCAAUGCACUGUACAAAGGGAAGGUGGAUGGCUUGGCCGAACUGAAUUAUGCCGAGAUAAAGCAGACGUUCCAGGGAGCCGCUGUAGUGGAUCUACUGACAGAGCCGGGAAUGUCCAUACUGCAGCUGGCCAUGAAGGCGAAGUGUUUCCCUACAGAGACCGAUGCAGUUCGUAUUAUAAACGCUGGAGGCUUCUAUGUCAACCAGAAGCGAGUACAGAACAUUGCCGAAGUGAUAACUGCGGGCAUACACAUACUCCGAAAUGGCGUUUCCCUGCUGCGGGUUGGAAAGCGGAACUUCUACAUAGUGCGCUGGCAAUAGUUCAUUCGAUUUGUCCGCUGUUUUGUGUUAAAUAAUCAUAGGGUUUAUCUAUAUUUAGGUAGUCUUAUACAA